AUGUACCCCGGCUCGCCACUGAGCAGUGCGUUGCUCUUCUUCAUUCUCGUUAUACAAGCCCUGGGAGACCGAUACUGGGUAACUCCGCCGGACGCAUCCGGUGCCUGGCCGAAUCCCAUCGUGUACGGCGACGGUUGGUGGAUUGAAGCAUGGUGGAGUGAAGAGCCGGCGGAGUGGGCUUCACAGAACGUUGUCCUAUUUCAACACCCAUCGGUGGCGCUCCUUCUCUUUGGGCUGGGAUUCCUGCUUGCAAGACGUCGAAAACGACCUGAUGGCUCGAUAACGAGGCAAGAAGUACAAAUCCGGGACCCGAAGCUGUGGCAUGAGGAUCAGGUUUAUGCUCCGCCAGCAUUUCCAGAGUUGGAGUACAAGGAACCCGUGGUAUACUCACAAGAGCUGAACACUACACGCAGUGCUGUUGAGCUGGAGGGCAGUCAUUAUUGUAGGUGA